GCUUGCGGCGACGCUUCGAGGUUGAGGUUUUUUUGUAUAUUGGUUUCUAUAAACAAAGAUUGAUUUGUUUGUAUACAUAUAUCAACUCUUCAGCGGCCAAUUUGCUUAUUCAACGUUUGAGUGCACAACAGCCGAGCGUUCUAUUCAAAAUAUCAGGGCUUAAAUAUAUUUUAAAAAUGUUCGAGGCGGAAAAAGUGAUAAUUCGAGAUUUAGUGAAAAGAAUCGGUCCAAAGUACAUUCGUACCAAAAUCAAUUGAAUGACCUGGUAUUUUUGUGUGGUGGAAAAUUUUGACAAAUUGUGUCGCUUUGGUCACACUUUACUUACAGUUAAUUUGGUAAAUUACCAGAAAGUCUCACAGUACUUAGAACUUGAAACUGCCUCGCUUGCCGCAUAUUGAUCGGAAAGAUGUCUUUGCAUCGCGUUACAUUUUGGUCGGAACUCUUGGAAAAAGUUCUCAUUGCCGAUGAUAUAAAAAAUAAAAGGGACGACGCUCAGCUUGAAUUGGAGACAUUAUUGAAAUCAAAGUUGCUAAGCAACUCAAUAGGAAUUUAUCCCUUUGGCUCGCGUAUAAUGGGAGUUGGACAGGAAACUUCAGAUUUGGAUGUUUACGUUGAGUUGGACAACAGCUUCUACGAAUACAGUGAAUCACCCACUAUGGAAGUCUUGAAACGACAACGAAUUUUGUCAAAUGCUUUUAACUCAGAGUCAAGUUGGAAGCGUAUUGCCACCUAUGGCGGAAGAUGUCCCAUCGUGACGGUCAAGCAUACGACUGGCUUGCAGUGCGACAUAAGUUGCUUGAACGGGCUGACCUAUAGACAAAAUAAACUGGUCAUGUAUCUCUUUGAAAUACAGCCUAUAGCUCGCUAUAUGGUGAUCUAUUUACGAGGCUGGAUACAAAGUAUUGGUCUGCAAACAUCUUUUCGUAGCCAUAUACUCAUACUAAUGGUCAUAUUCUUUUUGCAACUACAUAACCAUCUGCCUGGGAUUGAUGGGCUUCAGAAAAAUCUAGAACCAACUGUUGGACCAUGGGUUACUACGUUCAAUCAAUUGAAGUUAUCAGACUUUAAGAUGAGCAAAUUAGAAGUCGAUGAGGAUAGUACGCGUUCAGUUCUUAAGCAAUUCUUUCAGUUCUACGCCAACUUUAACUUUGCCAAGUAUGCAAUUUGCCCUUAUUUGGGAAGGUAUGUGGAACGUGUAUCAUUUGACAGACAUAUGCCCCAAAGAUAUACUCAAUUGCGCUGUAGAGAUAACAAAUUUACACGGUUUACCACGGCCAUUCAAGAUUUCAUAUUUCUUGACUUCAACAAGGGUUGGCAAAUAAAGGGAAUGCAUGUUCGUGCACUCCAAUAUAAAUGCCGAAAAGAACUUGAAUAAUGGACGAUUACUAUAUAUACUAUAUGCAUUUAUAUAUUAUUAUAAAUAAUAUUUAAUAUAAUUUUUUAAUUCAUAAUUCAUUAAAUUCAUAAACCAGCUUA